ACAUAAAAUCUCUUUUUUCUUGCUUACGUACAUAAGAACUAAACCACACAAUCUUUUUCUUGAAGACCCUUCCAUAUACGUAGUAACAUUACAUGCCAUACAACAUCAUUUGUACAACGUGUACCUUAAAUCCCCCACUCAAUACACUCAUCUCCUUGCACUUCGUGUCUUUUAAAUAUUAGUUCUAGCUCUUCUUCCAGAUAAACAACUAAACAUUCCUUUUUUUUCUUUUGUUUGAGUAUGGAUCAAGAAAACCAAUUGAUCCACAACACCUCAACAUGGAAGACAAGAAAACCCACCUGCCAUAUUCAAGCUUCAUUGUCCCUUCAACAAAAUGAUCACAGGCUCAAGUGCAACUCUUCAAAUAAAACAAGCAGUGAUGAGGAUGAUGAGGGCGAAGAGAAAGAGAAUAAUGAGAAUGGUACUAGGGUUGAGGAAAUUACGGGGCGUGAGAGGUUGAAGAGGCAUAGAGAAGAGGUGAAGGGAGAGGUUAAGGUACCAGAAAACUGGGAGAAGGAACCGAAGCUGAAGGAAUGGGUUGAUUACACAACGUUUAAUGCAUUAAUAUCUGUUCCUCAUGCAUUGAUUGUUACUGCUCGUGAUGCGCUUAUUGCUGAUACUUGGAUCAAAUGGAUACCUCUAUCUCAUUUCAACUUUGUGAGGAAUACCCCAUCGUUAGACUUUGAAUCUAAGGUUGUGGUCUUGUGAGGACAAUUUUUGUUGAAUAGGUUCUCCUUUAGAAAGAAUAUAUUCAAGUAUAAGGUUAUUGUUGGCUCGGAUGAUCUUUAUGUGUGUUGUGGAGGGAUUGUCUUGAGCCUUCCUCUCAUUUGUUUACUACUUGUAGCUAAGCUUCUACAGUGUGGAAUAGGAUAACUAAGUGGUUAGGUUUUCUGAUAGUCAUUUUUUUGGGAGCUUAGGAUUUUGUUUGAGUUUUUAAUAUCUUUAGGCUCUAAGGUUAAAAGUAGGUGAGAUUUUGUUAUGAUUUGGCAUGUUGCUUAGACUAUUUGAUCAACAUGUAAUGAUAAGUUGUUUAUUGGUUCAUCAAUAAUAAAUGUGAAAGAGUGGGAAGAGAAGGGUAUUGUUUUGACUUGAAUGUGGUUUUUUAAUAGGUUUUCAUUAAACUCAAACUCCUUUUUUGAUUGGCUUCAGAAUUCUAUCAUGUUUCUAGACCAAUAAUAUGUCAAGAAUUCAGAUCUGCUUCAA